AGAGAGAGAGAGAGAGAGAGAGAAAGAGAGAGAGAGAGAGCGAGUCACACCAGAGUCACGGGGCAAAUCGGGCAGCAUGGCCAAGUGGGUCUACAACUUUGGCGCUGGCGGUGCAGAUGGCCACGCUGACAUGAAGAACCUGUUGGGUGGCAAGGGCGCAAAUUUGGCUGAGAUGGCUGCCAUAGGCCUGCCUGUGCCACCUGGAUUCACCUUGACCACAGAGGUGUGCACCCAAUUCUUCCAGAAGAAGCGUACCUACCCAGCGCAGUUGAAGGAUCAGGUGGCACAGGCCUUGCUUCUGGUGGAGGAACGCACGGGCCAGAAGUUCGGGGACGUGACCAACCCGCUGCUGGUGUCCGUGCGCUCUGGCGCUCGGGCGUCCAUGCCGGGGAUGAUGGACACGGUGCUGAACCUGGGUUUGAACGACCAGACAGUGGAAGCCCUGGCCAAGCGUUCGGGGGACCGGCGCUUCGCGUAUGACUCCUACCGGCGCUUCGUUCAGAUGUACUCGGACGUGGUGCUGGGCAUCGAUCUGAGCCACUUUGAAAAGCUCCUGGACAGGGCCAAGCAGCGUAGGAAGGUGAAGCAAGACUUCGAGCUGCCGGCCCAAGACUUGGAGAAGCUCGUGCAGGACUACAAGGCGUGUGUGCAGGUGGAGCUGGGUGAGGACUUUCCGGAAGAUCCGCAGCAGCAGCUCUGGGGGGCCAUCGGUGCUGUGUUCAAUUCCUGGAUGAACCAACGCGCCAAGACGUACCGCCGGCUCCACGACAUCCCGGAGAGUUGGGGCACUGCGGUUAAUGUGCAAGCUAUGGUCUUUGGGAACAUGGGCGAGGACUGCGCCACAGGGGUCGCCUUCACGCGGAACCCUUCCGAUGGCACCAACGACUUCUAUGGGGAGUUCCUGGUGAACGCGCAGGGCGAGGACGUGGUCGCCGGCAUCCGCACCCCACAGGAGCUCACCAUCAAAGCCCGGAAGAUCCACGGCAGCGACAUGCUCAGCUUAGAGGAGGUCAUGCCCGGCAUCUAUCGGGAGCUGUGCGCCGUUCGCCAGCAGCUAGAAAGCCACUACAAAGACAUGCAGGACAUCGAGUUCACGAUUCAGCAGAACAAGCUCUAUAUGCUACAGACGCGCACUGGCAAGAGGACGUCGCAUGCUGCUUUGCGGAUUGCUGUGGACAUGGCCAACGAAGGUUUGAUCUCGAAGUCAAAGGCGUUGCUGCGGCUGAAGCCAGAGCUCAUCGACCAACUGCUGCACCCCACUCUGGACCCCAAGGCCCCAAAGCAAGUCAUCGCCAGGGGCCUGCCCGCCUCCCCGGGCGCUGCUGGAGGCAAGGUGGUGUUCACGGCGGACGAGGCGGUGAGACGCUCGAGGGACGGGGAGCGGGUGCUGUUGGUGCGUGUGGAGACCAGCCCAGAGGACAUCCAUGGGCUGCAUGCCGCAGAGGGUGUGCUGACUACCCGGGGCGGCAUGACCAGCCACGCAGCCGUUGUGGCUCGUGGUAUGGGCCGGCCCUGUGUGGCGGGGGCCGGAGAGGUGCAGGUGGACUAUGCGGCGGGCAAGUUCACCGUGGGGGAUGUCACCGUGCAGGAGGGCCAGAUACUCACCAUCGAUGGCGGCACCGGGGAGGUGAUAUGUGGGGAGGUGCCCACGGUGCCGCCGAAGCUGUCGGGCGCCUUUGGCACCAUCAUGGCCUGGGCAGACGAGCACCGCACGCUGCAGGUGCGGGCGAAUGCGGAGACGCCCAACGACGCACGCCAGGCCAAGGAGUUCGGGGCGCAGGGCAUCGGCCUAGUGCGGACAGAGCACAUGUUCUUUGAUGGCUCGAGAAUCGUGGCAAUGCGGCAGAUGAUCUUGGCUACAGACGAGGCGGACCGGAAGAAGGCGCUGGACCAGCUGCUGACCAUGCAGCGCAAAGACAUCACGGAGCUGUUCCGCAUCAUGGACGGGCGCCCGGUGACCGUGCGGCUGCUUGACCCGCCGCUGCACGAGUUUUUGCCCCACACUGAGGAGGAGAUGGCGUCGGUGGCCAAGGCUGCUGGCGUGCCACUCAACCGCGUGCGGCGCAGGGUCUCGGAUCUGCAGGAGGCGAAUCCCAUGUUGGGCCACCGGGGCUGCCGACUGGCCAUCACCUACCCCGAGGUCUGCGAGAUGCAGGCCAGGGCCAUCUUCGAGGCUGCGGCAAUUGUGGGCCGCGAACGUGGGAAUCAGCCAGUGGCCGAGGUGAUGGUGCCACUGGUAGCCACUACCCAGGAGCUGAGCAUCCUCAAGGGCGUGGUGGAAAAGACUGCUGCAGCUGUGCAGAAGGAGCAGGGGGUGAACUUGGGCUACCACGUGGGCACCAUGAUCGAGCUGCCCCGAGCUUGUCUGCAGGCGGGUCGCUUGGCCGGGCAGGCCGAGUUCUUCAGCUUCGGCACCAACGACUUGACGCAGACCACCUACGGCUUGAGCCGGGACGACGCAGGGGCCUUCCUGCCCGAGUACAAGGCCAAGGGCAUCGUGGAGCAGGACCCCUUCGUGAGCCUGGACCAGGAGGGCGUCGGCGAGCUUAUCAAGAUUGCAGUGCAGCGUGGCCGCGCUGCCCGGGAGGGCAUAAAGAUGGGCAUUUGCGGCGAGCAUGGCGGCGACCCAGCCUCCAUCGAGUUCUGCCACAAGGUGGGCCUGGACUACGUGAGCUGCUCGCCCUUCCGCGUGCCCAUCGCCCGGCUGGCAGCGGCCCAGGCCGCUCUGAAGCAGCGGGGCGAGAGGGUGCCGCUGGCCUCCUCCAAGCCGACCAAGCCCCGGCAGCCGACCUUCGGGCCCUGGUGAGGGCCAAAGCGCAAGUUGAUUUCAAUUUGCCCAUUUUGAUAUGAUAUGUCUUCAUCUCUUGCUUUCAUGUUUGACACUUUGGUGUUUCUCUGUUGUGCUGUGGAAGUAAAUUACUGCGGACAGGGAUGACUGUUUAUGUCCUUUUAAAUUCAUGCUCGAGCAUGUUUUGGCAGAGGUCGAGUCCAACCCCUGGUGCCAACUGUACAGUUCCAGACUUCGUGUCAUUCCAAGUCAAGUUUUGUCUCCCGCUGAAUGCCCGCCUAGGCGGAUGGAAGCGCGUCGAGUUAUUUUGGUGACCUGGCCUGCCACAGACAGGGCAGAUGGUUGCAGGGCUACACAAAAGUGGUGGCUGAAGUAGGUUGCUCGCUUUAAAGAGCAGUAUAUGGCAGUAUAGCAGUAUAGCUUUCGAAUCACAUGUUUGACUGUCUGAGCAACUCAU